AUGACUGUUUCAAUUCAUAAAGUUGUUCACGAAGCCAAUGGUGUUGUUCCAAGACCAUCUCCAAAGGAAUUCUUUGAAAGACAACCAAGACAAGGUCACAUCAAGGACUUAGAACAUUAUAAGGAAUUAUAUCAACAAUCUAUUGAUCAACCUGAAGAAUUUUUUGGUAAAUUAGGUAAGGAAUUAUUAUCCUGGGAUCGUGAUUUCCAUACCGUUAAGUCCGGUACUUUAAAAGAUGGUAAUCCAGCCUGGUUCUUAGGUGGUGAAUUAAACGCUUCCUUUAACUGUGUUGAUAGACACGCUUUAGCUAAUCCAAACAAACCAGCUAUUAUACUUGAAGCUGAUGAAGAAAAAGAUUCUGCCAUUUUAACUUAUGGUGAAUUAUUACAAGAAGUUUCCAAAGUUGCUGGUGUCUUACACUCUUGGGGUGUUGGUAAAGGUGAUACCGUUGCCAUUUAUAUGCCAAUGAAUGCUCAAGCCAUUAUUGCUAUGUUAGCUGUUGCCAGAGUUGGUGCUAUCCAUUCUGUUAUCUUUGCUGGUUUCUCUUCUGGUUCUAUUAAGGACAGAGUGAACGAUGCUUCUUGUAAAGCUUUGAUCACUUGUGAUGAAGGUAGAAGAGGUGGUAGAACCACCAACAUCAAGGUCUUAUGUGAUAGUGCCCUUGUUGAUUGUCCAACCGUUGAAAAAGUCUUAGUUUACAAGAGAACUGGUAACCCAGAUAUUAAGUUAGUUCCAGGUAGAGAUUAUCAUUGGGAUGUUGAAACUGCCAAAUUCUCAGGUUAUUUCCCACCUGUUCCAGUUAAUGCUGAAGAUCCAUUAUUCUUAUUAUAUACUUCUGGUUCUACCGGUACUCCAAAGGGUGUUGUCCACACCACUGCUGGUUACUUAUUAGGUGCUGCCAUGACCACCAAAUACGUCUUUGAUGUCCAUCCAGAAGAUAUCGUUUUCACUGCCGGUGAUGUCGGUUGGAUUACUGGUCACACUUAUGCCUUAUAUGGUCCAUUACUUCUUGGUGUUCCAACUGUUAUUUUCGAAGGUACCCCAGCAUAUCCAGAUUAUGGUAGAUUCUGGCAAAUUGUUGAAAAACAUAAAGCUACUCAUUUCUAUGUUGCUCCAACUGCGUUAAGAUUAUUACGUAAAUCUGGUGAAGAAGAAAUUCCAAAGUAUGAUUUAUCUUCAUUAAGAACUUUAGGUUCUGUUGGUGAACCAAUUUCUCCAGAUAUUUGGGAAUGGUAUAAUGAACAUGUUGGUAAAGGACAAUGUCAUAUUUCUGAUACUUAUUGGCAAACUGAAUCUGGUUCUCAUUUCAUUGCUCCACUUGCUGGUGUUACUGCAAAUAAGCCAGGUUCUGCUUCAUACCCAUUCUUUGGUAUUAAGACUGCCUUAAUUGACCCAGUUACCGGUGUUGAACUUGAAGGUAAUGAUGUUGAAGGUGUCUUAGUUGUUAAGGACCAUUGGCCAUCUAUUGCUAGAUCCGUCUACAAGAACCACACUAAAUACAUGGACACUUACAUGAACCCAUACCCAGGUUAUUAUUUCACUGGUGAUGGUGCUGCCAGAGAUAACGAUGGUUAUUACUGGAUUAGAGGUAGAGUUGAUGAUGUUGUCAAUGUUUCAGGUCACAGAUUAUCCACUGCUGAAAUUGAAGCUGCUUUAAUUGAACAUCAUGGUGUUUCUGAAGCUGCUGUUGUCGGUAUUAACGAUGACUUAACCGGUCAAGCUGUUGUUGCUUAUGUCGCUCUUAAAGAUGAAUUAGUUGAUCUUAUAAGCGAUGAUGAAAAAGCUAUUGCCUUAAGAAGAGAAUUAGUUUUACAAGUCAGAAAGACCAUUGGUCCAUUUGCUGCGCCAAAAUCAGUUAUUAUUGUAGCUGAUUUACCAAAGACCAGAUCUGGUAAGAUUAUGAGAAGAAUCUUAAGAAAGGUCAGUUCUUAUGAAGCUGAUCAAUUAGGUGAUAUCACUACCUUAUCUAACCCACAAUCUGUUGAAGGUAUCAUUGAAUCUUUCGCUUCUCAAUUUGGUAAGAAGUAA